CACACCCACCCACCCUGAUCGACAGGAGGCCCGACGUCAGCCCCAGAGGAGCGGAUGGCCCGUGUCAUAAAAAUACAUGAAGAGAAUUGGGGAAAAGGAGAAGAUUGUCCGGAGAGAGACAGAGAGAGAGUGAGCAGCAGCAGCACGGGGUCUGGACCUCCUUCCUCCCCCUGAGCCGCGGACGUCAACGCCUCUCGUUGUUUGUUCAACAUUUGUGGCGAUGUUGGAUAUUUUCCGCCGCCGUGUCGACAGGCUCCUGCUGGAAGGCUGAGUGUUUACGCGUGGCUUUCUUCUGGAGCAGAGCAGCGAGAGAUAACUGUAUAACAGCCUAUAGCGGAUUGGAGUGAAGGUCCGCCAUAUUCUGCCUCACCACGCCCGGGAGUCGAGCCGCUGGGAACAUGAGCGGACUCCUUUCUUCACGCGUCCCUGCUCAUCCGCGAGGGUAACUCGGACACGGCGCGGGGGAUUUUCGCCACUGGAAGAGACAUUUAACCAACAUUGUGGGACUUUGUCUUUUACAGAGGCGGGCUGGCGCUCGGCUGAUCGGGUGGCCGUGCCCCUAACGAGAUCACACGGGGGAUGCGUCUUACAAGGAUCUGUUGAUCACAUUGAGAAGGAAAAGCAGAUUACCACCAAUUAAGAUCCGACAGAUAUUCGGCUCACACCCACCCUUGUCGGGAGGAGGAGGACCCGGGAAGCGAAGCGAAUCUGGGGAAGUGGGGUUCGAUCAUAGUAAUUCAUCAAACAUCUUCUUUUUUUGGCCCACAAUCUGUGCUGCGUCCAGGCUCCUCUACGAGGGGCGUCCACGCGUCGUUCCAUCAGACGCAGGCCUGUAUAUGUGGACGUUAUCCGGCAUCCAAGGACCUCCUGGGUGUGUGUUUAAAGAACGCCAUAGACGCGGCUGAGAUCUGGAUGAAUCAGUGAUCCAACAAGCGCAAAGUACGUGUUUUUAAAGAGCAGGAGAAAAAAAAGGAGAGGAUGACUCUGGAGUCCAUCAUGGCGUGUUGCCUCAGCGAGGAGGCGAAGGAAGCCCGGCGGAUCAACGACGAGAUCGAGAGGCAGCUCCGCCGGGACAAGAGGGACGCGCGCCGGGAACUGAAACUGUUGCUCCUCGGCACCGGGGAGAGUGGGAAGAGCACCUUCAUCAAACAGAUGAGGAUUAUCCACGGCACAGGCUACUCCGAUGAGGACAAGAGGGGUUUUACCAAACUGGUGUAUCAGAACAUCUUCACGUCCAUGCAGGCCAUGAUCCGAGCCUCAGAGACGCUCAAGGUCCCCUACAAAUAUGAGCACAACAAGGGUAACGCCAACAUCGUGAGGGAGGUGGACGUAGAAAAGAUCAACAGGCUCGAGAAUCCUUACGUAGAUGCAAUCAAGAGCCUAUGGAAUGACCCGGGCAUCCAGGAGUGUUAUGAUCGCAGGAGGGAAUACCAGCUCUCAGACUCCACUAAGUAUUACCUGAACGCGUUGGACCGAAUCGCAGUGCCUUCCUAUCUUCCCACUCAGCAGGACGUGUUGAGGGUUCGAGUCCCGACCACGGGCAUCAUCGAAUACCCGUUUGACCUGCAGAGCGUCAUAUUCAGGAUGGUGGAUGUGGGAGGUCAGAGGUCGGAGAGAAGGAAGUGGAUCCACUGCUUUGAGAACGUCACCUCCAUCAUGUUCCUGGUGGCGCUCAGCGAGUACGACCAAGUUUUGGUGGAAUCAGACAACGAGAACCGGAUGGAGGAGAGUAAAGCUCUGUUUAGGACAAUAAUCACGUACCCCUGGUUCCAGAACUCCUCCGUCAUCCUGUUCCUCAACAAGAAGGACCUGCUGGAGGAGAAGAUCAUGUACUCUCAUCUGGUCGACUACUUCCCAGAAUACGAUGGUCCGCAGAGGGACGCCCAAGCAGGCCGCGAGUUCAUCCUCAAGAUGUUCGUGGACCUGAACCCAGACAGCGACAAGAUCAUCUACUCUCACUUCACCUGCGCCACUGACACGGAGAACAUCCGCUUUGUCUUCGCCGCCGUCAAAGACACAAUCCUGCAGCUCAACCUGAAGGAGUACAACCUGGUGUAGAGGCCUCAACACACACUGACUCCUGCAAUCUGUGAAAAGAGAGAUCAGACACACACACAGACACACACACACUCUGAAAAAAAGAAAAUCUGAGAAAAAAAAUGAAAUGCAUAAUACUAAUUUAUUUGCGGUUUGUUGAUCUCUUGGUCGCCAAGGGGUGAGCAAAGUAAAUCUUCCCUUGCUAUUUAGGGAGUUGAUGAAAUCUAGGGAGGGAGGGGUCGGUUAUGGUGAAGAGUUGGCAGGGACUUGCUAUCGAACAUGUGCAGCAAUGAUCCUCGUUUUUUUAGGCUUUUGCGCAUUGUUGAGUUUUUUUCUUGUUCGUUUUUCUGACAGAAAGAAAGGAACUAAAUGGGGGGGGGUGUUGCCCGUCAGACUAAUACGUUAGAGCAGAAAUGCAAUGUGCCCCCUCCCUCCUCCCUUUUUAUAAACAAGAAUCCUUACCUGUGGAUUUGUUCUGAAUCUGUCUCACAGGCGUUUACUUGUUGGCCCAACAGGAAGUGAUGUAACACAUCUCCAAUCAACAGCUUCCUUGUUCCUGAAAAGGAUCCUUGGGCAAGUCUGUUGAUGAGUUUGGCAUAAACUGUGAUUUUUAAAUGAUUUCAUAUGAAUUUGACACAUUGACCUUGGUACCAUGCGAUGAGUUGGGGCAGGUGUUGCCACCGUGGAAGCACACGGCCACAUUGACGUGUUGAGCGACGUUUUAGAGGCGUGAGGGAAACUGGCUUUAAAGAUGCUUUGGAAGCUUUGGGCGACGAGGUGAGGAGGCACAUGGAGACCUCCGCUCCGGUGAACCAAGAUGGCGACGGCCGCUUGUCAUGGACUGAAGGGAGUGGAGGAGGAGGGGAUAAUUUAUAAGACAUUGUUGUUAAAUGAAUAUGUUCCACUGUGCCACAUUAGUUUGUUAUGCUAGUAUUUUUAUUUAUUUGCCAAUACCAAAACAACUCACAGCUCCACGUUGUGCUGUUUACUACUUUUGAUGGAAGGAAAAGUGUUGAGAAGAGCAGAGAGCAGGGCUGACCGACGUAUUGAUCAACUGAUUCCUGCAGCUUUUUAAGGGUUCAAUAAAUAACGGUAUUAAACACAAACACACACACACGCACAAACACACAAAAAGCAACCACAGCUUGGGCUUGAGGCAGCCUCCCUCCUGACCUGCAGACUUGUCCGGUAACAUUUUAGGGUGUUCAUAUAUCUGUCCAAUCAAAGCCCUGCUUUCUUGACUGUUUUCAUCCAAUGGCAGUGGAGAACACAUUUGGCUCAUUCCCAUGUCAAAGGGCGAAGUGUUGAUAUUCAGUUUGUACCAAAGUAAAGCCCUUCUCGUUUCUGAUUGGCCACUCUGAUUUACCAUUUCCUCAUUCCCAAGUUACUUUGGAGUAUUUUUUUGUAAGAAUUCUAUAGAACACAAGCCUGUAAUUCACAUUUAUUGAGGCAUAGUGCAAUUAUGAAAGCUAUAAUCAUUGUACAAACAUCUCUCUCUAUAUAUAUAUAUAUAUAUAUAUAUAUAUGGCAGCAUCUUUGUUGGCUUUGUAAUCAUUACUUUAUUUUGGCAGAUUGAAUGUGCGGUAUUGAACAUAUGUAUCUAUGUAAUUGUAUUGUAUGUCUAAUGGAAAAUUCAUUUUUUUUGGAAGAAAAAAUUCUUUAUUCACA